CUCUAAGCAUUAUCAGCUCGACAACUUUCUCAACUUGCCUAUAUCUAACCCAGACAUAUCAAGUCAUCUUUAUCUGGGAAUACCCCCAACUAUCUUCCCCAUCCGCAACCGCAUCAGCAACACCAACAACCUCAUCUCCAACUCAGAGCUCAAAGCUAACAACAACAUCAACAACAAUGGCCUCUCUCCUCCCCCUCCGCCGGGCACCCACGUCCCUUCUCACCUCCACCUCCAAGCCAUCCACCCACCUCGCCCGCUCCCUCCUCACCAGCACCGUUAUCCCCUCCACCCGGCCCUUCACAACCAGAUCCUCCACUUUCCUCCCCAACACCAUCACCAAAAGGACCACUGCCAUCAACCCUCACCACCACUCCCUGAUUUCCUCUCCAUCCAUCCGCCAAAAAAGCACCAAAGACAACGACUCCCCCACCUUCCGCCAAUGGGGCUUUGAAGACAUAACCGCCUCCCUCCCCAGCAACACCCCCAACAGCCCGACCCAAAAACCCAUCAUUCUAAUCGACGUGCGCGAGCCCGCCGAGCUCUCCUCCACGGGCAUCAUCCCCUCGGCCGUGAGCGUGCCGCUAGCAUCCCAGCCCGACGCGCUGUUCCUGACUCCGGAGGAAUUCGAGACGAGGUUUGGGUUCCCCAAGCCUGGUGUGAAGGGGGAGGAAGAGGACGCGGAUAUCGUGUUCUAUUGUAAGGCUGGGGUGAGAGCGCGCGCGGCGGCGCAGUUGGCGGAGCAGGCGGGGUAUGAGGCGGGUCGGCUGGGGGUUUAUGAUGGGAGUUGGUUGGAUUGGGCGAAGAGGGGAGGUAGGGUGGAGAGGUGGGAGGGGGAUGAUAAUUAAUUAAAUCUUGGGAUUAUAUGUAAGUGGUUGUUGUGUGGGUGGAUGAGGGUGAUGGAUGAGGGUGAUGGUUGUAUAUACUACUGAGUGUGUGUAUCAUGUGAAUUACUAUAGUGGUGGCGUAUGUACUAUUACCAGUACUUAUGUUCUGGGAAAAUGUCGAACAAACAAUCAAUUCAACUAGAG